AUGGAUAAUUUAUUAUAGAUAUCAAAAGAAGUUAGAGAUGCAUUAGAAAAAGGAUAGGGAGUUGUUGCAUUAGAAUCUACUAUUAUAACACAUGGAAUGGAAUAUCCAAUUAAUGUAUAGACAGCUUUAGAAGUAGAGGAAGAAAUUAGAUCUAAAGGAGCUAUUCCAGCAACUAUUAUUGUUAUUUAAGGAUAACUUAGAGUUGGUUUAAAACCAGAAGAAAUUGAAGAAAUUGGAAAGAAUAAACAUUAAUAUUCAAAAUGUUCAAGAAGAGAUUUAGCUUAAAUUAUUGCAUAGAAAGGAUAUGGUAGUACAACUGUUGCAGCUACAAUGAUGAUAGCUCAUAUGGCUGGAAUUAAAGUAUUUGUUACUGGAGGAAUUGGAGGAGUACAUAGAGGUGCAGAACAUAGUUUUGAUAUAUCAGCAGAUUUGGUUGAAUUAGGUUAAACACCAGUAGCAGUAGUAUGUGCAGGAGCAAAAUCUAUUUUAGAUAUACCAAAGACUUUAGAAUAUUUAGAAACUUAAGGUGUUCCUGUAGUUGGAUAUAAAACAAAACAUUUUCCUAACUUUUUUACUCCAGAUUCAGGAUUAUUAUGUAGUACAUCAGUAAAUUCUUGUGAUGAAGCUAGUAAAUUAAUUAAAUCAUAAUUUGAUUUGUUGAAACUUAAGAAUGGAAUACUAUUUUGUGUACCAGUUCCUUAAGAUUAAGCGGCUGAUGGUCUUAUUGUUUAAUAAGCUAUUGAUUAAGUAUAAUUUAAAUAUUUAAGUAGGCUCUUAAAGAAUUAAAUGAUUAAAAUGUUAAUGGAGCUUUAGUUACUCCAUUUUUAUUGAAAAGAGUAAAUGAAAUUACAAAUGGUAUGAGUUCUAAAUCUAAUGUUGCUUUAAUCAGAAAUAAUGCAAGAGUUGGAGCUGAAAUUGCUAUUUAAUUCUGUUCAAAAUGAUUGUUAAUAUU